AGUCCUGGCUCCCAGCCUAUGAUAUCCAGGAGGCCAGGGCGGAGGAGGGGCACCCCAGGGGGGCCGUGCCCGGUGGAUUCCCCCAUGGUGUGUGAAUGUGUCUCACCUGCCCUGCUCCCCCCACAGCGAGCGCCAUGGUGGGCCCCCCGAGGAUGCUGCGGAGACAGAGCUGGGCGCUGGUGCUGGGCGUGGGCAUCGCCCUCAGCUUCAGCCUCUCUGUGCUGUGGAGGCUUCAGAGCCCUGAGGCCACGGGGAUGGACGCAGAGCAGUGCCGGGAGCUGGGGCAGGAACUGAGCCAGCGCGUCCUCCCCGUGAGGCUGCACGAGGCCUGGAUCUGGAGGCGGCUGAAGCUGGUGCAGAGCUGCCCCUGGACAUAUAACGCCCGCGCCCUGGGCCGGUACAGGGAGCAGCUGGGGCAGUGCUGUAACGCGUCGGCCAACCUGGUGCUGACCCGGGACAACACCCCGCUGGGCUCCCGGAUCGUCUGCGACGGACAGCCGGCCAAGAAGCUGCUGGUGCAAGAGGCGCUGCUGGAGAUCUUGCCGCAGGGCUCCCCGUUUCAGGGUGCCCCCUACGACAGCUGCGCCGUGGUGGGGAAUGGGGGGAUCCUCCAUAACAGUGGCUGUGGCCCCGAGAUUGACCGCGCCCAGUUCGUCAUCAGGUUCAAUCUGCCCCCCAUGGGCUUUGCCGAGGAUGUGGGCACCAAAUCGAGCGUUAUCACCGUGAACCCCAGCAUCCUGGUUUUACGGUUCAGGGGUCUGAGCCGCUGGCGCCGACCCUUCGCGGAGGUGGUGGGUGCCUAUGGGGCCCCGCUGCUCCUCAUCCCGGCUUUCAGCUUCAUCGGCUUCACCGCGGUCUCGUCCCAGGCACUCUACACCCUGGAGGACUUUGGCUCCCCGGCCCGCCCCGUCUUCAUGAACCCUGAGUACCUGGCGGGGCUGGACGGGCACUGGCAUCGCCGUGGCCUGCGCACCAAACGCCUCUCCUCGGGCUUCAUGCUGGUAAACGCCGCCCUGGAGCUGUGCCAGCACCUCACCCUCUACGGCUUCUGGCCCUUCCCCACCGACCCCGAGGGGCGGCCCCUGCCCUACCACUACUACGACAAACAGACCCCCAAGCCGGGCGUUCACGCCAUGCCCGACGAGUUCACCCGCUACCUGGGCAUGCACAUGCAGGGCGCGCUGCGGCUGCAUCUGGGGCGCUGCCAGGAGGGCCUGGCCGGCGGCUACGCACAACAAGGCUCGGACGGGGGGGGUCUGAAAUGAGCCCCCCGGCCCCUCAAUUCCACCCGACUCCCUCCCCAGGUACCAAAGGAGGAAAAUAGCCAGUGGCAUCAAUUCAUUCGGCAUUCGUUAAUUGGCCUCUCUUCAGUGCUAUUUGAUUACCAAAGUUCAUUAAGGUCAAGGUGUUCGUUGGCCUCCUUUAAUUACUAUUUAAUUAUCACAGUUCCUUCACUAUGAGUUGUCGGCUGGCCUAUUCAUAGCUCUUUAAUUAUUGCAGUUUGUUCAUUGUAAUUAAUAAGUCAGCACCUCUUAAUUGUGAUUUAAUUAUCCCAGUUCAUUAGUCAACCACCCUUCACUGCCAUCUGUUGCUGGCUAGUGAGUCCUGGCCGACGGUUACUUGUAAUGAGUCAUUCACCAGCUGUUUGUCACUAAUAAAGGCUCUUUGGUGAUUGCUCUUCAUUAGGGGUGUGAGGGGUCGUCACCCCCGGGGUGCAGUCUGCGCCCCCUAACACUCCCACUGCUUUGCUGGUAACUCAGCCAGCCCCUGUUAUCACCCAAUGCGACAGCAGGUGGCGCCGCACACCCAACUCAGCUACCUGAGUGCUUUACUGAAGCCACUCAUACAUCAGCUAUAUAAACACCAGCCAAUUCCCCAGCUCCCCAGCCUUGCCCCCCACGGGAGUACAGACCCUGAAUUCUACCAUCUUGCACUGCCCGGGAGUCUGUUCGGGGCAAGCUCGUUAAUCCAUCGAUGUGGGGAAGGUCUGCGCCAGCCUUGGCUGGCUGAGCUGCGAUUUCCCCACUCAGAAACGCACGGGUUGGGAUAAAACAUAAAAGAAGUUUAUUAAAGUAG